AUGUCGUCUGACCACAAGGGAUUGAACUACGAUGUGGUCAUAAUCGGUGCUGGCAUAAACUUUGCCUAUCGCUUGCAAGAAAAAAACCCAGGUCUCACCUACACCAUUCUCGAGAGUCGACACGAAGUCGGCGGGACGUGGAGUCUAUUCAAAUAUCCCGGAAUCCGCUCCGACACCGACCUCUACACCUUCGGUUUCUCCUGGAGGAUCUGGGAGAUGAGCACACGUAUCGCUCAAGGGCAUUUGAUUCGGGACUAUUUAAACGAGUCUGCCCAUGAGAAUGGCAUUGAUAAGAAGAUUCAAUGUAAUCGCCAUGUCAAUGCCGCUAGCUGGUCGUCUGCACAGCAUGAAUGGGCGUUGGAUGUGACCGGCGGUGAAAAAGAGCGGAUGGUGUAUCGCUGUCGUUUCCUCAUGCUAUGCACCAGCUACUACGACUAUAAGCAACCUUUGAACGCCACGAUACCAGGCAUUGAGCAGUUUCAGAAAGCGGUAGUUCAUCCCCAGUUCUGGCCUGAGGGGUUGGAUUACUCGGAUAAACAUGUUGUCAUUGUCGGGAGUGGAGCUACGGCAAUCACGUUACUGCCGGCUCUGACUGACAAGGCUUCGCAUGUGACGAUGCUGCAGAGGUCGCCUAGCUAUUUGGUUGCGAUUCCUCAACAGGGCAGUAUCAAUCGGUUGAUUCGAAAGUGGUGCAGUGUUUGGGUACAAGAUCGACUGAUUUGGCUGCAUCAUAUGCUGACCGCAUCUUUCUUUGCUAUGAUCGUCUACAACUUCCCCUUCCUGGUUCGAAAAUCUUUCCGCGACAAGACCAUCGCCCAGCUCCCACUUACCGUCCCAUACGACCCGCACUUCACGCCCAACUACGACAUCGGGAAACAAAGAGUCUGCCUCUCCCCGGACGGCGACUUCUUCAAAGCCCUCCGAAGCGGCAAAGCUAGCAUCGAGACCGGCGUUAUUGAGAGUAUCACUCACGACUCAAUCAAGCUAGAAUCGGGGAAAGAACUGCACCCCGACCUCAUCGUCACAGCCACGGGCCUCAAACUCCAAUUCGCAGGCGGGAUGCGCAUAACCGUCGACGGCGAACCCUACAACCCGCCUGAGAAAUACACCUGGAAAGGUGCUAUGCUCCAAGACUUGCCCAACUGCGGCUUCGUGCUCGGAUACGCCGACGCAGCGUGGACGUUGGGGGCUGAUGCAACCGCGCAGCUGAUUACUCGGAUCAUCAAACAGAUGUGGCGGGAGGGUGUCGUGGAGGUGCGGCCUUACAUGACGGAAGAGGAUCGGAGGAGCGUGAGACAACGACAGCUGUUUCGGUUGGGCAGUACGUAUAUCACGAUGGGGGAGAGUGCGUUGCCCAAGGCUGGGGAUCGCGGGCAGUGGAAUGGGAGGAGCUUUUAUCUAAAGGAUAUGGCCAUGGCGUGGUUUGGGGAUGUGAGGAAGGGGAUGGUAUGGGUGAAGGGUGUGUAG